UGGACGGGCAGCGCCGACCCCGACCCUGGGGGGGACCCAGAGACACAGGCUCCCACCUGGGGCGUCCGGUGACCGAGCAGAGCUGCGGCCACUCCAGCUGAGUGAACCUUUCCAUGGAGGGGGCCGGCGAGGAUCCCACCGUAUUCACUGCCCACUCUCUGCCCAGUGACCCCCGGCUCUUGGCCACUGUGACCAAUGCAUACCUGGGCACACGUGUGUAUCAUGAUACACUGCAUGUGAGUGGCGUGUACAAUGGGGCUGGCAGGGACACACACCGGGCGAUUCUGCCCAGCCCCCUCAACGUCCGGCUGGAGGCCCCUGCCGGGACAGGAGAACAGCUGACCGAGACCUUUGCCCUGGACACCAACACAGGCUCCUUUCUGCACACACUGGAGGGCCCUGUCUUCCGCGCCUCCCAGCGAAUCUAUGCCCACCGCACACUGCCCCACGUCCUGGCCUUCAGUGUGUGCCUCACCCGCCUGGCCACAGGGGGCCAGCCCAUCACGGUGCUGCUGCGGUCAGCCUUCUCCCCAGAAAGCCCAGACCUGGACCUGCAUGUGGGACCUGACUUCCAGGGAGCCCGGUACCUGUACGGCCACACGCUCACCCCUGAGCAGCCUGGGGGGCUGCAGCACGAGAUACACAUGCUGUGGACACCAGUGCCCCCAGCCCUGACCCUGGGGGAAGGCGAGGAGGACAGGACCUGGGACUUUCUGACCGUGGUGGGUAGCAGCCAGGCUGAGGCCCAGGCGUGCCUCACUGAGGCCCUCCAGCUGCAGGCCGGGGGCACCCUGUAUGUGGCCAACGCACAGGCCUGGGCCCAGCUCUGGGCAGGCUGUGGCCUGGAUGUGGCAGGGCCCCUACCCCUGCGCCAGGCCCUGCGUGGCUCCCUCUACUACCUGCUCAGUGCCCUGCCCCAGCCCGGGACCCCAGGAUUUGUUUGCCAUGGCCUCAGCCCCGGGGGCCUCUCAAAUGGGAGCCGUGAGGAGUGCUACUGGGGCCACGUCUUCUGGGACCAGGAUCUCUGGAUGUUCCCGAAUGUCCUGCUGUUCCACCCGGAGGCCGCCAGGGCUAUCCUGGAGUACCGCAUCCGGACGCUGGGGGGCGCUCUAGAGAAUGCCCGGAACCUGGGCUACCAGGGAGCCAAGGUUGCCUGGGAGAGCGCGGGCUCCGGCCUGGAGGUCUGCCCCGAGGACAUUUACGGGGCCCAGGAGAUCCACGUCAACGGGGCCGUGGCGCUGGCCUUCGAGCUGUACUACCACAGCACGCAGGACCUGCAGCUCUUCCGAGAGGCUGGCGGCUGGGACGUGGUCAGCGGCGUGGCGGAGUUUUGGUGCAGCCGUGUGGAGUGGGGCCCCAGGCAGGAGGAAUGCCACCUGAGGGGAGUCAUGCCCCCCGACGAGUACCAUUCAGGGGUCAACAACUCCGUGUACACCAAUGUCCUGGCCCAGAACAGCCUGCGCUUUGCUGCUGCCCUGGCCCAGGACCUGGGUCUGCCGGUCCCCGACCAGUGGCUGCUGGUGGCUGAUAAGAUCAAGGUGCCCUUUGACCCGGAGCGGAACUUCCACCCGGAGUUUGAUGGGUACGAGCCUGGAGAGGAGGUGAAGCAGGCAGACGUGGUGCUCCUGGGCUACCCGGUCCCCUUCCCCCUGAGUCCUGCCAUUCGCAGGACAAACCUGGAGAUCUACGAGGCUGUGACGUCCCCCCAGGGCCCUGCCAUGACCUGGAGCAUGUUUGCCGUGGGCUGGAUGGAGCUAAAGGAUCCAGUGAAGGCACGGGGUCUACUGGACAGGAGCUUUGCCAACGUCACCGAGCCCUUCAAGGUGUGGACGGAGAAUGCUGACGGCUCAGGCGCCGUGAACUUCCUGACAGGCAUGGGGGGCUUUCUGCAGGCGGUGCUGUUUGGGUGCACAGGGUUCAGGGUCACCAGGAGAGGUGUGACCUUUGAUCCUGUGUGCCUGGCGGAGAUCCCCAGAGUGUGCGUCUCUGGCAUCUUCUAUCAGGGGAACAAGCUUAACUUUUUCUUCUCUGAGGACUCUGUGACAAUCGAGGUUGUGACCCGGGCAGGGCCCUGGACACCCCCACUGGAGGCCGAGCUAUGGCCAUCAGAGGCUCGGCUCCCCCUGCCACCAGGACAGAAGGCCUCCUUUCCCCGCUCAGCUGGCCGGAUACAAAGGUCACUCCCAUAGCAGCCUGCAAGUUCCAGCUCCAAGGGCGUCCCAGGAGAAGUUUGAAGACAUUAGACGCUGGUCCCCUGGGACCACAGGACCCCCCUCUGAGAUGACCUUGGUCCCUCAGGCCCAACUGGGCCCCUCCCCAGCCUUGACUCCCCAUGGCAGGCGUCCCCAGGUGUCCCCAGGCAUCUCUCUGCCCCUGUGGGUGGACACCAGCACCCACUGUCCCUCGGUGCCCUUUCUCACUCCCUCCCUCCAGUGCGCUUUCCCGAGCUCCUGCAGCCAGGGCCUGAGCCUGUGGUCUGACCUCUGGCCUCUUGUCCUUAGACUCUUCCGAGUGCCGUGGUCACAGGUCACAGUCCACAGGACCAGAUGCAGGGUGGCUAGCAGCUCUGCUGAGAAACCAGAGGCAGGUGCAGGACAGGGAGGUGGACAGCAGGGACUGGGAGAGGUGUAGGAACAGCACUCGGCCACCUGCACCAUCACUUAGGCGUCUCAGUCACAGCUUCACCAGAAAGGAACUUGUGUCAUCGUGCAGUUGAGGAUCAGGCAUGGCUGAGUCCAGGUGCCCAUGGGAUGUUAUGGGGAUGUGUCUCAGUCUUUGGCUGCUCUGGACCGUGGCCACUUUGGUCAGAUUGGACAGCCUCUGGCACAGAGUGGGUUGGGAUGGGCAGCCUUUCCUCAAUCAAGUGCCCAUGAGAAGAGAGUGGGGAGCCAUUGUGAGAUAAAGGACAGACAGAUGCCAGAGCAAGACCCCAUGUCUCCCCACUGACCAGCCACAGGGACCAGAGCCAAAUGUGCAAGGGUUCAAGGCCAUGGCCCCUGGCCCAUCUGUCCUGGGCAGGCUGUGUUCAGCCCUUGGGAUGGGUCAGCGAUGGUUUCCCAAGAGUGGGGUGAAAUGACGUCUGCUGCCGAAAUCCCGGGGAGGACCAGGCCCCCUGCACAGAG